AGGCCUUUGUUUUCUACUACGUCCCCGGCUUUUCCACUAACCAACUCAACCGAAGGAGGCGAAGAGGGGAGCUCGUUGCUCACCGCCAUGGCGGAACCCGACGACCUACCCCUUCUCGAUCGAUCCUCUCGAGCAACAAGAGGGAGGAGGAUGAAUAAGUUGCUAGAUGAGGAAAUUGAAGAAGAUGAGCUGUUUUGGAACCAAGAUGCUCUUAAGGAGGAUGAUGAGGAUAAUAAUUAUGAAGAAGAGGCGGAGGUUGCUGAUGAAUUUGAUAGUGACUUUGAUGAAGAUGAGCCCGAGCCAGAGGAUGAAGCUGAGAAUAUUGCAGAAGACAGGCUCCCUGUGAAAAAGCGGUUAAUAUUUCCAGGGAAAACACUGGCAAAGAAGAAAAGCAAGAAGAAGGUUCUUUCUAAACUAGAAAGGGAUCCAAAGGUUGAUGAAUCUUCAGAGCCAAAAAAAUCUAGCCUUUCUGAACAUCAGGACCCUCCGGAGGAUUUAGAGUGUGAAAGAAUAGUGAGAAAAUCAACUAGAACAUCGGUUAUUGUGAGGCAAGCUGAAAGAGAUGCGAUACGUGCAGCAUUGCAAGCAUCUGUCAAGCCUAUAAAGAGGAAAAAGGAGGGUGAGGAGAAGCGAAUGACACAAGAAGAAAUGCUAUUGGAAGCCGCUGAAACAGAAAUUAGGAACUUGAGAAAUCUGGAGCGCGUCUUGGCACGUGAAGAAGAAGUGAAGAAAAGAGCUGUUGUGCAUAAAGCAGUUUACAAUGGCCCUCAAAUUCGAUAUUCAUCAAAAGAUGGCAAAAACUUUUUGGAAUUUACCAAAGGAGUGUCAUUUCACUCAGAAUUAUCCACAAAAUCUGAAGCAUAUCCUCAAAAAGCAGUUUGUGCAGUGACAGGACUGCCUGCCAAGUAUCGUGAUCCAAAGACAGGACUUCCUUAUGCAUCAAUAGAAGCAUUCAAAAUAAUACGUGAACGGUUCUUGAAAGAGGAAUCUGACAAAAAAAAGAGGGUAAAUUUGCAUACGGGAGGUGUAAUUGAUUCAAUAUCAGAGCAAGGUUUUGCAACCAAGAGAAGAAGAUCAGAAAAUGGGAAAACCGCCCAUGAAUCGGAUUUUAGAUUAGGAGCCAGGUUUCGAAGAAUACCAGCCCUCGAAGGCCUUGAUCUCGAUUGACAAGCACAAAUUCGUGAAUGAUCUGUCUAAAAUUUGGCAUACAAAUGCAAGUUACACAAGUGCAGCGGACAUGGCGAUCUUGCUUGUGUCGGAGUAAGGCUUAAAUUGGUUUAGGAUUUUCUUUUGAUGCAAUAUUUAUUCUUAGAUUAUUUUUUUUCCUUAACAUGCAUUUUGAUUAUUAUGAAUCUAUUUUUAGUAAUUGGUGCUAUAGGGAUCAAGGAAUUGGAAACUCCAUUUUGGAUGGAGAGCUAUUCAGAGGCACCAUUCUUGCAGAUAGUCUGAUGAAAAUUCAGCUUGUUAAGGUUUCAACUUAAGAGGCCCCAUUUUUAAACUUUUAUUGUUAAUUAGAUUAUUUUGGCAUUUAGGUUGUGUAUGGUGUGAGGAUAGAUUAACUUGGUGUAGAUUGGGUUAGCUCAAAGUUAUUUUAAACCUAAAAUAGUUUGGUAAAAUUGCAUGUAUAUUGUAUACUCCCUUGUAAAACAUGAAAUUGCAUUUGUAAAAAGACAUGUUUAUCCUCUGUUUUUUUUUAA